CUCGGAGCGCGCGCGGGAGCGAGCUUUGAAAGUUGAGGUCCGCGGAGGCGAGCCGGUGCCCUGGGGGAACAUGGUGGCCUUGCGGGGCCUUGGAAGCGGCCUGCAGCCCUGGUGCCCGUUGGAUCUCAGCCUCGAAUGGGUAGACACAGUGUGGGAACUGGAUUUCACAGAGACUGAGCCUUUGGAUCCCAGCAUAGAGUCAGAGAUUAUAGAGACUGGAUUGAGUGCAUUCACAAAACUCCAUGAAAGCCUUUUCCCCUUUGCUACUGAAGAACAUGGAUCUACGGAGACUAUUUGGACCUUCUUCAUUGAGAACAGUAUUUCCCACAGUACGCUGGUGGCAUUAUUCUAUCACUUUGUUCAAAUAGUUCAUAAAAAAAAUGUCAGUGUGCAAUAUCGAGAAUAUGGCCUUCAUGCUGCUGGGCUUUACUUUUUGCUGUUAGAAGUACCAGGUAGUGUAGCCAACCAAGUAUUCCACCCAGUGAUGUUUGACAAAUGCAUUCAAACUCUAAAGAAGAGCUGGCCUCAGGAAUCUAACUUGAAUCGGAAAAGAAAGAAAGAACAGCCAAUGAGCUCUCAGGCUAAUCCAAGGAGGCAUAGAAAAAGAGGAAAGCCACCCAGGAAAGAAGAUAUUGAGAUGGAUGAAAUUAUAGAACAAGAGGAUGAAGAAAAUAUUUAUUUUUCUGCCCGGGACCUUUCUCAGAUUCGAAAUGCCAUCUUUCAUGUUUUAAAGAAUUUCUUAAGGCUUCUACCCAAGUUUUCCCUGAAAGAGAAACCACAAUGUGUACAGAAUUGUAUAGAGGUCUUUGUUACUUUAACUAAUUUUGAGCCAGUUCUUCAUGAAUGUCGUAUUACACAAAUCAGAGAUCUUAACCAAGCAAAAUACAUACCAGAACUGGCCUAUCAUGGGUUGUAUUUGCUGUGCUCCCCAUUUCAUGGCGAAGGAGAUAAGGUUAUCAGUUAUGUUUUCCAUCAGAUGCUCAAUGUAAUAUUAAUGUUAGAAGCAGGUGAAGGAUCCCAUCGCACCCCCCUUACUAUUACUUCCCAAGUCAUCAAUCAGAGAAACCAGGCAGUCCAGUUUAUCAGCUCACUUGUGGAUGAACUGAGGGAGAGCGUUUUCCCAGUCCUCCGUGUCUUGCUGCAGCACAUCUGUGCCAAGGUCAUAGAUAAAUCAGAGUAUCGGACCUCUGCAGCACAGGCCCUGGUCCAGCUGCUCAGUAAACUUCCCUGUAGAGAGUAUGCUACAUUCAUUGCCUGGCUUUAUAAAUACUCACGAAGUUCCAAGAUCCCGCACCGAGUUUUUACUCUUGAUGUGGUCUUAGCUGUGUUAGAACUGCCUGAAAGACAGACGGAUGACACUGUCUCUUUGGAGCAUCAGAAGUUCCUAAAGCAUAAGUUCUUGGUACAGGAAAUUAUGUUUGACCGUUGUUUAGACAAGGCACCUACUGUCCGCAGCAAGGCGUUGUCCAGCUUUGCACAUUGUCUGGAACUGACUGUUACCAAUGCAUCGGAGAGUAUACUGGAACUCCUAAUUAAUAGUCCUGCAGUUUCAGGAAUAGAGAGUCACCCUGGUACCUUACUGAGAAAUUCAUCAGCUUUUUCCUAUCAAAGGCAGACAGUUAACCCUUCUGAACCCUCAGAGGAUGUCAACAUAGACAGCGGUGGUGAAACAGUUGGAUCUGGGGAAAGAUGUGUCAUGGCGAUGCUGAGAAAGAGGAUUAGAGAUGAGAAGACCAAUGUUAGGAAGUCUGCACUCCAGGUGUUAGUGAGUAUUUUGAAACAUUGUGAAGUCUCAUAUAUGAAGGAAGACCUGUCAAUUCUGCAGGACCGGUGUCGAGACCCUGCAGUGUCUGUCCGGAAGCAGGCCCUGCAGUCUCUUACUGAACUUCUUAUGGCCCAACCUCGAUGUGUCCAUAUCCAGAAAGCCUGGCUGAGGGGGGUAGUCCCUGUGGUGAUGGACUGCGAGAGCACCGUGCAGGAGAAGGCCCUGGAGUGCCUCGACCAGGUCCUGCUGCAGAACAUCAGGCACCACAGUAAAUUUCACACUGGGGACGACAGCCAGGUGCUGGCUUGGGCACUUCUUGCUCUCCUCACCACAGAAAGCCGGGGACUGAGCCGCUAUCUAAAUAAGGCUUUUCAUAUCUGGUCCAAGAAAGAUAAAUUCUCACCCACUUUUAUAAGCAAUGUGAUAUCUCACACUGGCAUGGGACAUUCCGCACCAGCCUGGAUGCUGCUCUCCAAGAUUGCUUGCUCAUCACCCAAGCUCGACUACACCAAAAUAAUAGAGUCCUGGGAGAAAAUCAGCAGUCAGCAGAACCCCAAUUCAGACACCUUAGGACAUAUUCUUUGUGUUAUUGGGCAUAUUGCAAAGCAUCUUCCUAAGAGUACACGGGACAAAGUGACUGGUGUUAUCAAGUGUAAGCUGAAUGGAUUUCAGUGGUCUCUAGAGUUGAUCAGUUCAUCUGUUGAUACCCUGCAAAGGCUUUGUAGAGCAUCUGCAGAGACAGCAGUGGAGGAAGAGGAGCUACUGAAGCAGGUGUGUGGGGAUGUGCUCUCCACCUGUGAGCAUCACCUGGCCAACAUUGUUCUGAAGGAAGGUGGAGCAGGAAACAUGGAGGAAGACCUGCUGGUGAAGUACAUUUUUACCUUAGGAGAUAUAGCCCAACUAUGUCCAGCCAGAGUGGAGAAGCGAGUCUUCCUUCUGAUUCAGUCCAUUUUGGCUGCUUCUGCUGAUGCGGAUCACUUAAUCCUUUCUCCCUUCCCUGUAGUACCAUCAUCUCAAGGUAGCAGCGAUGAUGCCCCAGCCUGUCAUGCACCCUCGCAGGUCAGAGGCUCUGUCAUGCCUUCUGUUAUUAGAGCGCAUGCCAUCAUUACCUUAGGUAAGCUGUGCUUACAGCAUGAGGAUCUUGCAAAGAAGAGUAUCCCAACUCUCGUGCGAGAGCUCGAGGUGUGCGAGGACGUGGCCGUCCGCAACAAUGUCAUCGUGGUGAUGUGCGAUCUUUGCAUCCGCUACACUGUCGUGGUGGACAAGUACAUUCCCAACAUCUCCAUGUGUCUGAAGGAUUCGGAUCCGUUCAUCCGAAAGCAGACACUCAUCUUGCUUACCAAUCUCUUGCAGGAAGAAUUUGUGAAAUGGAAGGGCUCUCUGUUCUUUCGAUUUGUCAGCACUCUGAUAGAUUCACACCCAGACAUUGCCAGCUUUGGGGAGUUUUGCCUGGCUCAUCUGUUGCUGAAGAGGAACCCUGUCAUGUUCUUCCAGCACUUCAUCGAGUGUAUUUUCCACUUCAAUAACUAUGAGAAGCAUGAGAAGUAUAACAAGUUCCCCCAGUCAGAGAGAGAGAAGCGGCUAUUUUCACUGAAGGGAAAGUCAAACAAGGAGAGACGAAUGAAAAUCUACAAAUUUCUUCUAGAGCACUUCACAGAUGAACAGCGAUUCAAUAUUACUUCCAAAAUCUGCCUUAGUAUUUUGGCGUGCUUCGCCGACGGCAUCCUGCCCCUGGACCUGGAAGCCAGUGAGUUACUCUCAGACACAUUUGAGGUCCUCAGCUCAAAGGAGAUCAAGCUUUUGGCAAUGAGAUCUAAACCAGAUAAGGACCUCCUUGUGGAAGAAGAUGACAUGGCCUUGGCAAACGUAGUCAUGCAGGAAGCCCAGAAGCAGCUCAUCUCACAAGUUCAGAAGAGGAAUUUCAUAGAAAAUAUUAUUCCAAUUAUCAUCUCCCUGAAGACUGUGCUGGAGAAAAAUAAGAUCCCAGCCUUGCGGGAACUCAUGAACUAUCUCAGGGAGGUGAUGCAGGAUUACCGAGACGAAGUCAAGGAUUUCUUUGCAGUUGACAAACAACUGGCAUCAGAACUUGAGUAUGACAUGAAGAAGUACAACGAACAGCUAGCCCAGGAGCAAGAGCUGGCGAAACAAGCAAACGUGAGCAGGGUGGCUGAAGGCACCGAUGCGGCGCCAGCAGUACAGGUUGCUCCACAUUUAGAAAUAAUGCCAGUUCCUGCUGGCCAAGAAAAUCCCACUGUGAGCCAGCCCUCAGCACCUGGGCCAAGCACUGGCCGUGCGCCGACUCUGUCCCCUGUACCUGAAACCGGGCCAUUGAACAGGUUGAUGUCCAAAGCCAGGCCCAUGUCCCUGAGCACGAUUGCAAUCCUGAAUUCUGUCAGGAAGGCUGUGGAGUCCAAUAGGAGGCAUCGGAGUCGGAGCUUAGGAGUGUUGCCUUUCACUUUGAAUUCUGGAAGCCCGGAAAAACCAUGCAAUCGGGCAUCUUCAUACAGCUUGGAGCAGGAGUCCAAUGGAGCUAUCGACCAUGUAACUAAACGGGCCAUCAGUACCCCUGAGCAGACCAUCAAUGACGUCACGUUUGGAGCAGGGGUCAGUUACAUAGGGACUCCGCGGACUCCUUCGGUCAAAGAGAAAACGGAAGUCCAGAGUCAAGGAAAUGACAUUUUAUGUUUAUCAUUGCCUGACAAACCGCCUCCACAACCCCAGCAGUGGAAUGUGAAGUCUCCAGCCAGGAAUAAAAACACCCCAACUCCCAGCAGGAGGUCCCUCCGAAAGACCCCCCUGAAAACAGCCAACUGAAACGGUGCAUUCCAGGUGUCCAGGACAGCAAGAGCCCUUGAGGAAACACUUCUGUUUCCUGCACGUGGGAAGGCGGACGGAUCCCUUUCCAUGCACCUGGAGUGACACUUCAUCAUGGAGCAGCAAAGCCCCUCAGGACCCCGGCACUCCAGCUGCUCAUCUCCUUGCAGCUGGCCAACCUUUACACUGCCCUUUAUGACAUCUCUGGUUAAAAAUCAUAAAAUAAUAGAGAAAUGCCAGAUUUAGAUUUUCUAUCUUAAACUUAAAGCUAUUUAAUAUUAUAACUUUAUUCCAUUUGAAAGUGUCCUGUCCAUUCAGAUAAGCUAUUAUCUGGUCUUUAAGGAACAUAACUUAAAAACUUCAGCUUUCUUUUAUAAAUCAAGCCUCUAUUAGCAUGUUUGAAUUCCUUAUAGUACAUAUUUUCCCAUAUCUAAUGAUAAAAUUUUGAUUAUAAUAUUUUUUCUAUUAUUUAUAACUGCAGAUUUUUUUUAAAGUGUAAAGCUUUCUUAAAUGAAAUAAUAAAGAUUUAGCACAAAUACAG